UCACUCACCAAAAGCAACUCCCUCUCUCUCUCCUCUUCUCUUCUUCUUCUCUAUAGUCUAUAUAUACACUAGUCAGUUAAACAUCGAACUCCAGCAAUCCUAACUCCCCCUCCCUCUAUCAUGGCAGACGGGAUGUCGGCGAGAAAUGGUGUCUCCUCCGCCCCAUCUCAUUUACCCAUACCCGCUUUCGACCCCCCCAGAAAACCCAAGAGAAACAAGUAUGCUUUGGCUUGCUCUUUCUUGGCUUCCAUGACCUCCAUCUUGCUUGGAUACGAUAUUGGAGUGAUGAGUGGAGCUAUAAUCUACAUCAGGAAGAACAUCCACAUGACCGACGUACAAAAGGAGGUCAUCAUGGGAAUCCUCAAUCUCUACUCUCUCCUCGGCUCUGCCGCUGCCGGCCGCACCUCCGACUGCCGUUACACCAUAAUCUUCGCGGGAGCCAUAUUCUUCGCCGGCGCACUGCUAAUGGGCUUCGCCACCAGCUACGCUUUCCUGAUGGUCGGGCGUUUCGUGGCCGGCAUCGGUGUGGGAUACGCUCUUAUGAUCGCCCCUGUGUACACAGCAGAGGUGGCGCCGGCCUCCACUCGCGGCUUCCUUACAUCUUUCCCGGAGGUGUUCAUCAAUUUCGGGAUAUUACUCGGUUACGUGUCAAACUAUGCCUUCUCCAAGCUCCCGACAAACUUGGGCUGGCGAUUCAUGCUUGGCAUCGGCGCCAUCCCCUCUGUUUUCAUCGCCAUUGCUGUUCUCGCCAUGCCCGAGUCUCCGCGCUGGCUUGUCAUGCAGGGUCGACUAGGUGAAGCCAGAACAGUCCUCGACAAAACCUCAGACUCCCCCGAGGAAUCCAAACUCCGGCUCGCCGAAAUAAAAGAAGCCGCCGGCAUACCCGAGCACUGCAACGACGACAUAGUUGCAGUCCCCAAACAACACCAUGGAGAGGGUGUGUGGCGAGAGCUUCUCCUCCGCCCCACCCCCGCCGUCCGCCACAUUCUAAUGUGCGCCGUGGGGAUACAUUUUUUCCAGCAAGCAAGUGGCAUAGAUUCCGUCGUGUUGUACAGUCCGGAGAUAUUUAAGAGGGCGGGUAUAACUAAAGACACAGAGCAACUACUAGCAACCAUGGCCGUCGGAUUUACGAAGACGGUCUUUAUUUUGGUUGCCACGUUCUUAUUAGACAAGAUCGGGCGGCGGCCGCUGCUUUUAUCCAGUGUGGGUGGGAUGGUUGCAUCGUUGGUGGGCCUGGGACUCGGGCUGACGAUCGUGGAAAAUUCGGAUCAUAAAAUGGUAUGGGCCAUAGCUUUAUGUAUAUCAACUGUUCUAUCAUUCGUAGCCUUUUUCUCGAUUGGUAUGGGCCCAAUCACUUGGGUUUACAGCUCAGAGAUAUUUCCGUUGAGGCUGAGGGCACAAGGGUGCAGUAUGGGAGUGGCAAUGAAUCGGGUCACAAGUGGGGUGAUCUCAAUGACAUUUAUAUCCUUAUACAAUGCAAUAAGUAUAGGAGGGGUAUUCUUUCUAUAUGCAGGGAUUGCUGCAGUGGCGUGGGUGUUCUUUUACACUUUUCUCCCUGAGACACAAGGGAAAACACUCGAGGAAAUGGAGACAUUGUUUGGGACUUUCUACAAGUGGCGAUCCACGUUGAGGGCGUUGAACGAGAAGAAGCGCGAAGGUGACAGGCAAGUCCAAAUGAGGAACGCUACUAGUAGUAGCAAAGAGCAGAAUCAGAGCUGAGGGUAGUUACGUAAAUUUCUUGAGAAAGGGGUGUUUAUGUCAGUCAACAGUGAAGCUGGAUGGGGAAAAUUUUCUCAGAAAUAUAUGUAUGUAGUUCCACUUUUAUAGCAUACAGAAGCUAAGAGCUAAGUUUUAAUGCUAAAUAGUUACUUGCUACAAUUUAGACUAUUCAUAUACCAUAACAAACUAGAGUGGGUGGGUCGGAGGCGCACACAGACAACCAAGAUGUUAUCAGCACUCCCUAAAGUUAAAUAUGUUGUUGGAUUUCAUAUAUCAAAAAGUUACAAGUAA